GCUCAUCACACUCUCACUGGCACUGUUCUACGUCUCCGCUUUGACCAUAAAUCAUCUGACUGUGCUAUAUAAUGGCUAGUAACCACGCUGAAGGCCGUCGCGAGGACGCGCUCACCAAGCAGCGCGCCCAAGCUCGCGAGGAGUUCGAACGGGCGAAGCAACAGCUCAUACACGAGACCGAGAAAUCUCGUCCUUCUUCCAACCGUUUCGUAGGCCAACAUGACUCUAUGGCAGAAGCUCUUCAGAAGAGUACGGUUGGUUUGGUCAAGCUCGAGGACUUCCAGAAAAGAAGGGCAGAGCUUGAGGAAGCAAAGGCUCGGGAGGCGGCAAGGACGGACGAGCUCAAGGAUGAGCAGAAGAAGGUGAAGAAGCGGAAGAAGGCCGCGAAAGCUACCCUCUCUUUCGCUCUCGACGACGAGGAAGAAGCUCCCGCUCCAUCGAAAAAGGCCAAGGCUGAGGCUGAUUCCUCCGUAACUCCUGCACCCGCAGACGGAGACGAGGACCAACCUGCCAAACGCACGAAGUUCAAGAAGAAUCCGACUGUCGAUACCUCAUUCCUUCCUGACCGUGAUCGCGAGGAGGCAGAUAGAAGAGAGAGAGAAGCUUUGAGGAAGGAGUGGCUGAAGAGGCAGGAGGAGAUGAAGCAGGAGGAAAUUGAGGUUGUCUACUCGUACUGGGAUGGAAGUGGUCACCGAAAGAGUGUCAUAUGCCGGAAAGGUGACGAUAUCAGCACGUUCUUAGAGAAGUGUAGGCAACAGUUCCCGGAACUGCGAAAUAUCAGUGUCGACAACCUCAUGUACAUCAAGGAAGAUCUCAUCAUCCCAGGCCACUACACGUUCUAUGACUUCAUCAUCAACAAGGCUCGCGGAAAGUCUGGCCCGCUCUUCAACUUCGAUGUGCACGACGACGUUCGUCUACUCGCUGAUGCAACGAAAGAGAAAGACGAGUCGCACGCGGGUAAAGUCGUCGAGCGAAGUUGGUAUCAGAGGAACAAGCAUAUCUUCCCGGCUUCUCGAUGGGAGGUGUUCGACCCAGAGAAGAAUUACGGAAAGUACACGAUCGCUUAAUGUAGUCUAUUUACUACGUAGCCAUGUACGGCCGCUUGAGUUUGUCGUUAUCGAGUAUUUUGCUGUUACAGUGCAUAUGGC